AUGGCUCCACCACCACUCAAUCUGGACGAUGUCCAAGGCGACAUCUUGAUUGGGUUGCCCAAAAGACUUGAGGCAUACUGGUUUAUCGAAAUCAAAAAGCCCAGCGAGUUCCAGAAGCAGCUCUUGGAGCUAAUUCCGUUGAUCACUUCCAGCACUCAAGCGAAAAAUGACGAGAAAGCUUGCUUUGAUCAUAGAGGCAAUGACGGUGACUUGACACUCGCUGGUGUAAAUUUUGCUUUUUCGAGAAAGGGACUGGACGAAUUGGGUUUCAAAGAACCUUUGAGCAAAGAGCCACAAAAUGAUCCAUUUGAAAAGACCAUGCUCGCAACAGCUGAGGCAGACUUCAAUGACCGAGUUCACGGUUUCAACAAAGCGUGGUUCAAGGAGUUCAAGCAAGAAAUUCACUGCCUGAUUUUCAUCACAGGAGAUUGUCAAGACACCAUAGAUUUUACAUUAGCAAAGGUCAAAAAGAUUUUGGGGGUAACUGUGCAAGAGAUCAAACUCGUACAAGGCAAGGUACGGCCAGGGGAUCAAAUGCACCACGAACACUUCGGGUAUAAUGACGGAAUCUCUCAGCCAGCCAUCAAGGGUGUUGACCAAAAGCUUCUACCUGGACAAGAGUUCAUUGACCAAGGUAUCAUCCUGUUAGGUCGGCCGGGUGACCGUGGUCAGGGUCGCCCCUCUUGGACACUUGACGGCAGUUUUCUUGCUUUCAGAUAUCUUUCUCAGGAGGUCCCGGAAUUCCAAGACUUCGUCGAUGACAAAAAUCCUCACGAAGCGCCAAAAGAUUUCUUCGGUGCACAGCUUGUUGGGCGCUGGAAGAGCGGUACCCCACUAGUACUCGCUCCUACUGUUGAUUCAGAUCCUUCCAUCGGAAAAAACCCACAACAGAAUAACAAAUUUGAUUAUGAUCCCCACUCACAAAAGCUUUGUCCUUAUGCAGCACACACGCGCAAGACUUUCCCUCGAGGGGACAUACAACAAUCUGUCGCUAUCCACAGGAUUGUACGACGUGCAAUCACUUUUGGUGAAGAGCUCACCCCAGAGGAGAUCAAGUCAAGAAAGACCAAGCUGGAUCGCGGAUUGCUGUUCAAAUGUUAUCAGAGUAACAUUGCGGAUGGGUUUCACUUCAUUCAACGCAUCUGGGCAAAUAAUAACACAUUUCCAUUUCUGAAAAUCGGUGAGGAUGGCAAACCAAUACCGAAACCAGGAUUCUCCGAUGAAAAUGGGCCUGGGGUAGACGGUAUCAUUGGACAGGCGGAAAAGGGAGGUGUUCGUCAGAUGGAUAUCCUGAAUGACAACGACCCAGCAGGCAAGGUCAAACUUCCAAAAGAGUGGGUGAUCUCUCGUGGCGGGGAGUACUUCUUUUCGCCCUCCAUCUCUCAGCUCAAGAAGAAAUUCGCCUCGCCAAGCAAGAAUGAGUUGUAA